CAAAGUUUGCUAAUAUCAAAAAAGAGUUAGAAAGCAGGGAGUUCUCCCAAGUCCAGAUAUUGAACCAAAUAAACUACUCUCCUAUAAUACUGUUAAGUUAUGGACACCCAACAGUAUUCAAAGAAAACAGAGAAAGUUGCAGACAAAGGAGGAGGAGAAGCAGCAGCAGAAGGAAAAUCAAAGCAAGAAGUAAAAGAAGACCAGUCAACAAAUCAGAAAACAUCCAGUACUACAUCCAAUUCUUCUCCGCCUUCAGCUUCUUCCUCUCCUUCUCAUGAAUUCUCCUUCACAAUCUCUCUCCGUCCCCCUUCAACAGUACCAGACAAAACCAAGCCCGCACCUUCGUUUGCAAUCGAUUUGUCUCCAGCCGACGAUAUUUUCUUUCAUGGACAUCUCCUGCCUCUCCACCUUUUGUCUCAUCUUCCCAUCUCUCCCCGUUCCUCCACCAACUCCAUUGAAAGUUAUAAUCCUCCCGUCACAGGUUUGUUAGAAGACGGAAAACCCAAUAACAUCAUCAACAAUAGCAACAGCAACCAAAGCACCGGCAACAACAGUAACAGCAACGAUAACAACAACAACCGCAGUAGCAACAACACCAUCAUCAACAAUAGUCAUAGUAACAGUACUAGUACUAGUGCGACAAAAAGAAGAAGCAAGCCAAAGUCUUUCAGCUCCUUGUUUGGACUUGCUAAUAAAUGGCGAAAAGGGUCUGAGAUUGGAGAAAGAGAGGAUGAAGAGGACGAGAAAAAGAAGAAGAAGAAGCUGAAAUUCGAUGUGAGUCAUAUUUUAAAAAGGUACGUGAGAAUGGUUCGACCACUGUUGCUCUUUGGAAGUGGAAAGGAUAACCGGCAACAUCGUAGGCAGCCUUACUCGUUUUCAGGUAAUUUAAAUUCGAGGGGGAAGCCAGAGUGGAGGGGAAGAAGAGGAGAAUUCUCAGCUCCGGCGUCCAUAUGGACGUCUCCCACCAACAGUGGUCAUCUUGUUGCUACACAGGCUUUUCAUUCUCCAUCAAGCGAUAGCAGCAUGGAAGAGCUGCAAAACGCAAUCCAGGCUGCAAUUGCGCAUUGCAAGAAUUCCAUCGCGAUGGAGGAGAAACUCAAAUGCUGAUCAGAUUAUAUUGAUGAAGAUGAAAAUUUUUCAAUUCUCUCCAUUAAUUCGGUAUUGCUUUCCUUCAUUCCCUUCUUGCUGUAUAGAGUGUAUUAAUUAAAACGUAGUACAAAAGGAAUUCGAAAGAUUGAUAUUA